AUGAGUGAUAUAUUAGUGAUCACUUAAGAAUUAAUAAAUGAUGUAGAUAGAACGAUAAAUUAUUUCACCGUGAGCGAUCCAAGAAGGAAGAAUAAAUUCAUUUAUCAAUAUUUGUCCGACUUUUAUUUGAAGCAAAAAAUUCCAUUUGACAAAGUAAUUCAAUUCCUCAGAAAUAUUCAAUAAAAUGAAGCCUCUUUUACUAUUCUUUUAGAAAAUCUCUAUUUGUGUACAAUGGUUAUUUAAUAAUCGUCUGAUUCAAGAAAACUUUUAAUAUAGCUAAUGCAAAGUUUGGCGGAAAGAUUGACUUAAACUUAAAAGUAGGUUUUCUUUGACAACUUCGAUGAAGAAGUAUUGUGGGAAUGUGGAUUUGUUUAAUAAGAUACUUUUUCACAAAGAAAGAGGAAAAUAAACACAGAUAUCAAUUUUUGUCAAAAUAAGUUUUGGUCAAUGAAGGAUGAAAAUGAAGGAUAUAGCAAAUUGAUGGUUGAAAUUUUGGAUGCAGCAAAACACACUCAUAUAUACGACGAGGAAAUUAAAUAAAGAAUCGAAAACAUAAUACAUCUGAUUGGAUAUUUUGAUCUAGACCCUGACAGAGUGGUUGACAUCAUAAUUCAAAGUUGGACUGAAUACCCCUACAGUUUAUCCUAUGUGAAAAUUCUUAAAUAAUUCAAAUGCAUCUCCGUUUGCCAAUUCUUAGGUAAACGAUUCGAGUCAAUCGUUUAAACCCUCUCCAACAAUAACAACAUAAGCAUAUUGAUGACUAAAAUGGCUAAUUCAGCUUAAGUUAUGCAAACUGAUUAGAAAAUUCCAGAUCACAAAUUGAUCAUCAUCACAGCAACUGCCUUGAAGUACAAACUAUUUGAACUUGGAAACAUUUGGAAAUACUUGUAACCAAAUGACCAAGAUUUCUCUAAGAUUUUUGAAGAUCUAGCAGAAGACAGUUAUAAAUUUUACAAAUCGUUUGAUUAAGUCAUGUAAGUUGAGGAAUUGAGAGAUUCAAGAAACAACAAUGACCAAUCAGAAAAAUUGAAGAAAGACUUAUUUGGACAAUAACUAUACAAUUAAAAAUUGUGGUUGAUGCAAGGAUUAAUCCAUAUCAAUGCUUUCAAUAUAUUUCAGGAGCUCUAUAAAUCUUUUGAAGGAAUAGUAGACUUUACAAUAUUCCUACCAAUCAAAAGAACUCUGGCAGAUUUGAUUGAUUGGAUGAUCGAUCCAUUACAUGAGUAAUUAUAUAACAAAACUCUAUUCAAGAGUAGAUCUAGAGAACAAAAGAAAUUUAUAUAUGAUCCAGAUUGUACUACAGCCUUCUAAAUAAAACAGCUAGAAGUUAUUGACGAAGAUGCAAUAUCCAUAUUGAAUGAGAUCUUAUCAAUAUUUUCCCCAUAUAUUGGUGAGUAUCCUUUAGUAUUUCACAAGCUGUCUAAAGUGUUAAUAUCAUCCUAAAAUCCUGAUGUCCAACCUCUGAUUCUUGAUCACUUGAUUCCAGCUGUCCAAAGUGGAGAAUGUUUACCUAUUGUAAUAGAACUAUGGAAAUACUUGGGACAAUUGGACUUUCGUAAGAGAUUUGAUUGUUAUUCAAAAUGGAAAGACAUCCAUUAAUUUUCUACCAUCAACCAGACAAUCAGAGCUGCUCAACUUACUAAAGAACACAUUAGAAGCUUUUUUAAUAAGAUUGAUAAAGAUAACAAGGAUAAAAUGAUGGUGAAGUUCGCUAAACUAUCUCACAACCAACCAAUGAUCGUAAUGAAUGUUUUAAGGAGAAACAGAUUAGAAAUACCAGAUAAUAAUUCAGUGAUUGUUCACACUUUAGGGUUGGCAACUCCUUUAUCUUUGGACAUAUUGUAGUUUAUAAUGAUACAAUGGCUUUGUGAUUUCAAUGAUGAAUCCAAAGUUCGAGACAAAGACAUAGAAUGCAGAUAUUGGUUUAAGAAUAUUGCAUAAUUCAUAGCAAGUGUACUAAGAAAAUAUUAUACUAUUGAUAUGCAAGGGUUGUUUGCUUAUUUGAUUGAUGUAUUUUCUACUGAUCAAAGCAAUCCCUCAAUAAGUAAGAACGAAUCCAUCAUAAAACCAGAAAUUCUCAUAUUGAGGGAAUUGAUUGAAAAGAUGACAGGAAUAGUCCACAUUGAGGAUCUGACACCUUAAUAAAUAUAAGCUUUGGCAGGAGGAAGGUACAUUUAGCUUGAAACUACUUCGUAAACUAACGAGUUUAGGAGGUCUAGAAAAAGUUCUAGUGCUUUGGAACAGUUCUUUUGGUCGUAAACCAUAAAUUCACAGAGAAUCCUGAAUCAAAAUAAUCAGGAAGAGGUAGUUUCGCUGGCAUUUUUGAUGCUGGUGGUUUUGUGUUAAUAGAGAUCGAGAUUCAUUUUGAAUUAUCAUAAUCAAAAUUUGAAACCUUUGGUUGCAUUGUAUGAUAACUUCACUUGCAGCAUCAAUCAACUCACCAAAUGCUUGUUGUUUUAAACUGACAAGCCAACUCAUUAUGCCUAGCUAUUCCCUGAGAAUCCACUAGAGAGGAUGGUGAUCGAUUUCAAAUUGCCUUUUGAGAUUGCAUUCCAUAUUGUGAGAUACAGUUACAAAAGUUUGUAUAAUAUGAGUGAGGAGGAGUUUCAGGAGGAGGUGGACAACAUCAAGAACAUCUACGAUAAGAUUGAUCCUAAGGUGAUGUGCAUCAAUCCGGACAUAAACAAUCAAUAGGUUCAGCAAUUGCCAUUGAUAUGUCAUACUUAUGUGAAGGACAUCUUGUGGACGAUUAUAAAUCCCGAGUUGUUUGCGAUAUUUUGGCUGUUGAGUUUGGAUAAUAUUUAUGUGCCAUAGGCGAUUUAUGACUAAUAGUUGAAGUGGCUGCAGGAGAACAUCAACAAGAAUCCGGAUACGAAGGACAGGCAGAGCAAACAGCAUUAAAAAGCAUUUGAUAAAUUGCAGAAUGAGUUGGACAACAACAAAAAACGACAGGAGUAAUUCGACAAGUGUUUGAGAGACAAGAAACAUGUGUUUAGUUUCAAGGAGGCUGAUCAAGCGAAGGAGAAUUAUCAUAUCAAAUUUGCUUAAUGUCUAUCAUAAGUUUGUUUGUUACCGAGGAUUCUGAUAGAUCCUGCGGAAGCAAUAUAUUGUGCGAAGUUUGUACAAAAAAUGUUGAAGAUUGGGAAACCUAGAUACACUUACACCUUCUAUGUACCCAAGGAGAUCAUCUAUUUCACGUUUACAUAUUUGCAGUGUGCAACUGAAGAGGAGGCCUCGAAUCUGAGCAUAUUUAUGUAGUAACUGAUCAUACCGUAUGCGAAUUGGAAUGACGAGACUAAGUUCAAGAACGACUUGAGAAACUACUUUGACACCUCAAUCGAUGGUUACGACAGGGAGAAACAGUAUAUAAUUUAAAACAUUUUUUUCAAGAUGGCCCAGUUCAUACGAAUUUUGAAAAAUAAUGAGACUCAGGUUCGGAAUGCCUUGAUAUUUUUGAAAAGAGUUUAAGAUAUUUUUCCUCCGACUCAGCAAGUGGCUGAAUAUAUUAAAAUAUAUUUAUAAGAUGUGGAGAAGGACUACGGUCACAUUCAGGACAUCAAAACUUAGAUCAAGAAUUUCCAUAUUGAAGAUAAAAUCAACACUCUACCAGUUUAUGCUCCCAAGACUAACUUGACUAGCACUGCCCACGACUCAAAAAAGUAGGCGCCAAAUUAGGAAAAAAUGAAAUCAGUGGGGAAAGCAGGCGAUGGGGAGCAUGAGGAAUACAAUCACAAGGAACAUUCAGAGGAAAGAAGAAAUCCAAAUAACAAAACAGAAAGUAGACAAGUACCCAAAAAGAAGAAAAGUCACGACAAGGAUAGACCCUUGAAGAGGUUAGAUAAAUCAUGAAUAUUUGAUAUAUAUAUAAAUGUAAAAACGUUGAAAA